GAAGAAGAAGAAGAAGAAGAAGAAGAAGAAGAAGAAGAAGAAGAAGAGUUGUGUUAAGUUAAGAAUCAUAAACAGUAGAAGAAGAAGAGGCUGCUCUGCAUUAACGGCACGUUUCUGUGGACAAGUGAACGUUCUGUGUUGUGAGUGAACAUGGACCCAGACUCAGAGUCGGUGCCGGCGGCGCAGGAGGUCGACGGCAGCGUGAUGGAGGGAGGCGGACAGAUCCUCAGAGUCGCCGCGGCGCUCAGCUGCAUCACCGGCGCCGCCGUCAACAUCAGCAAAGUCCGAGCCGGCCGGAGCUCACCGGGGCUGAGACCUCAGCACCUCAGUGGUCUGCAGCUGGUCUCAGAUCUGUGUGGUGGAGUUCUACAGGGAGCAAACAUCGGCUCCACUGACGUCCGUCUGACUCCAGGAAAGAUCCGGUCGGGAAGCUACACGGCGGACACACAGACGGCCGGGAGUGUGUGUCUGUUGCUGCAGGUCGCUCUGCCCUGUGCUCUGUUCACUGACGCCUCCUCACAGUUCUGUCUGAAGGGAGGAACCAACGCUGAGAUGGCUCCUCAGAUUGACUACACACUCAAGGUGUUUAAACCCGUCUUGGAGAAGUUUGGCGUUCAUUUUGACUGUGACAUCAGAAUGAGGGGUUACUACCCUAAAGGCGGCGGCGAGGUGUCGGUGACAGUGAAUCCUCUCAAACAGCUGCAGCCCGUCACCAUGAUUGAGCGAGGAAACAUCACAAAGAUCCACGGAAGAGCGCACGUCGCCGGAGUCCUGCCCUACAAAUUGGCGAAGGACAUGUCGGCGGCUGCGGUUCGAACCAUCAGGAAGGAAAUCAAAGAUCUGUACAUCAACAUCCAGGCGCUGCAGGAGAAGGACAAGGCCUGUGGGAGUGGCAAUGGCAUCAUAAUCAUCGCCGAGUCGUCGACAGGUUGUCUGUUCGCAGGUUCAGCUCUAGGCAAGAAAGGUGUGUAUGCAGAUAAAGUUGGUAUUGAAGCUGCUGAGAUGUUGUUGAGAAACAUCAGACACAACGGCUGCGUGGACGAGUUCCUGCAGGACCAGCUCAUCAUCUUCAUGGCGGCGGCGAAGGGAACAUCUCGGAUUCGAACGGGUGCAGUGACGCUGCACACGCAGACGGCGAUCCACGUCGCAGAGCAGCUCACUGAGGCAAAGUUCACGAUCACAAAGUGUGAAGACGAACUGAGCAGCAGCGUCACCUUCAUCAUAGAGUGUCAGGGGUCAGGGGUCGACAACCUCAACCUGUAGACACACACACUCACUCACACUCUCAGCCCACGUCUCUGCUCGGACUCGUUGCAGCUGGUGUCUGACCACCGACCCUCGUGUCUGACCGCCGACCCCCGUGCCUGACCGCCGACCCUCGUAUCUGAACUUCAACCCUCUCAGCUUCUGUUGCGCAGGGUUUUUCCUUAAAAACUGUAUAAAAAAUAAAUAAAUAAAUAUACGUUUUCCAACGUU